AUACCAAAAGGAGAUAUUAUUUAUAAAAAAAAAUGAUUGGCCAGGAGGCCGAUUUCAAGAAGGAAACAUAAUGCCUUGCCAUCAUGUUCGUCUCUACCUAGCUAGAUAGAAGAGCGGAUUCGUACUAAACGCCAUGGAGACUAAUUGGCCACCAAGCUGUGUGGCGAGAGGGAUUAAGAGUAUGGCAUGGUAACCCAACAAAGCUUGAUUGGAAUCAACGAGAUUGAGUCCAAUUGUUGAGCUUAAGUGGGAUUUGUAUGGACGGAAGUAAAAACAAGUCUGGAAGAGUUGCCAUUUAUCACUUGUGGCGGUGGAGGGUUGGUUAAUUAAAUCAAACCUUGAUACCAUGGGAAUAAUUAUUAAGAUGGCGGAAGAGGAGUAAUCAACCUCCAUCAAUAGCGACUUUACCCUUGUAAGUCGUGGGUGUAAAAAAAAAGGGUUAAAGGCCACGAUUUACAAAGCCACAGUGGUUGUGUGAUCGUGGACAGGAUAGUCUUGUUAAUGACUGUCAAAAUUUAGCAAGGGAAAUUAACAAUGGAAUGGGGGAAUGGUUGGCCAUUUUAAUGUUAAGGCCAGAGUCUACUAUUUGUACGAGGAAGUGAGGUAAAUUAAUGGUUUUGGUUUUAUUAAUAAAGCCAACAAGGUGUGAGGUUAAUCGGUUUAGUGGAUGUAAACUACUUAGUCCAUAAUCCCUAUGCACUAAGUAGUUGGGGGGCAUUUGUUUACCCAUAAAACAUCAGCUUGUACCACAUCGAUUAACUACAAGAAAUUCAAUGAAUUUAUAAGGCCAGCUCAACAUUAAUAAUUAAAAAGAGCAAGCUGGGCCUUGUUGGGUUGGAUUUUUGGGCCUAAGUGGCCAAGCCCUUUCUUCCCUACAUGAUGGCCGACCCGUCUCCUUGGCCCCAUAGCCGACGAUGCGUUUCACCCCUUGGUAGGAAAUUUGGCCUCCAAAAAACCAAAGCCUUGGAAACAAGGCGACACAACGGGGUGCCAAACGGCCGGGUACCAAGCUGGGUAUCAAAGCCUUGGAAACAAGGCGACACAACGGGGUGCCAAACGACCGGGUACAAGUCUGUUACCGAAUAAGGGGGCAAACAAGAGGGUAUCAAGCCGACAAGGCAGCCCUGAGGGGGUACCAGGCGGGCAAGGCGACCUCGGUACCAAGACCCUUACAAGGUACCAAGCCGGCAUGACAGGCUUGGCUCCAAGAAGGCUUGGUGGCCAGGCAACAGGGGGCCAAGCCAGGUACCAACUAAGAGAGUCGUACAGAAACUAAGUCUGCAUAUCAAGCCCUGGCUUGGUAGCAACCAACAAGUUAAGGAGGAGGACUUGGUGUUAUGAGAUGGUAGUCGUCUCAAGACCACAAGAGUGGGGAGUCAUCAAGCAGCCGAGGGGCAAUCAAGACUUCAUCAUGGAGGCUAAGGCAAAUAACCUCAACCCCAUCCAGUUAUGACAGGGCGACAAGGCUCAACACCAACUCGACCCGGCAUUGAGGCCAUCAAGUACCCACCAACCCCAAGACGGGACAAGGGCCUCCAAGGCGAUGGAUACCAACCAGUCAACAAGACGGGUCAAGGAGCUCUAAAGCAAUGGAGGUGAAGACCAAGACAACGGUUGCCAAUUGGCAACCAAGGGAACGAAAAAGGGUCCAUGAGGCGGUUGGAGCGGCAAGACAGAUAGCAGUUACCAAGGCAGUUACUCCUAGUGGAUAUAAAUAGAAGAAACGAAGAAGAGGCAAGGGUUCCACAACCAAACAUUUGACGCACAAUGUCAAAAUUUAUCUUUUCUCUGCAAAUCAGCUUUUGGUCUUUCGGAGCUCUCACUGAACCUCCAUAGGAGUAGAAUAACUUAGAUUGUUUCCAAAAAACCAUCAAAAACAUCAAACACCCUCGUUCGAACAUUGUUCGGAGAGGAGUGAACCGUGUUUAGAUUCGUUGUUCAAGAGGUCAAAGGUGCAUUUAUUGAGUUCAAACACCAGUUUUUCCUCGCCGGAAAACAGAAGCACAACAAGUAUUUGGGCUGGCUACGGAGGCGGGAAGAUCGAAGAAAGAAUUGUUUGAAGCGAUCAAGGAUCGAACAAGAUAGAAACUCAACUGGUGGAAAGAAAAAACACUCUCUAUUGCAGCAAGGGGGUGUUGAUAAAGUCGGUGGCCCAGGCACAACUUACAUAUGUUAUGUCUGUAUUUAAGGUGCCGGAGGGUACGGUCGAUGAAAUUCAUAGCAUGAUCAUGAACUUUUGGUGGGGGCAAAGAGCAUUGGAGAAAAGGGCGCACGGGUUAAGGCAUGAAGAGAUGGUUAGUCCGAAAGAGCAAGGAGGAAUGGGCUUCCGGGAUCUCAGGGGUUUUAAUGAGGCAUUGUUGGCCAAACAACUUUGGAAUCUCCUACUUCUGGGGGGACAGGUGGGUUCCGAAUUUGGUGAACCAGUUCAUACCGUCGGCACCGAUGGGGCUUCCGGUGGACGCAUAUGUUUGUGAGUUGGUGGACCAAGAAAUUUCUGAUUGGGAUGAUAAUUUGUUGGAGAGCUGUUUCCCACAUGAGGUGGCGCAAGCCAUUAAACAAAUUCCGCUGAGAGGGAGUGGGGAGAAGGACUCGUUGAUUUGGCAUAUGAGCAAGCUGGGGCAGUAUACAGUGAAGAAAGGUUAUAAGCAGUGGCUGGCCGACUUCUUGAUCCAAAAUGGGGUUCAUUCGAAAGGCAAGGCGGAAACGUGGAAGAAGCUCUGGCGGUUGGAGGUCCCACCCAAGGUGAGACAGUUCAUGUGGAGGCUUGCACGUGAGAUACUGCCGACGUGGGUACUGGUGAGUCACAGAAAUCCGAGAAGAGGGGAAUGUUGCCCAUUUUGUGACCAGAGGGAGACACAAAAGCAUAUAUUUUUGGAGUGCCAAUGGGCCUCACGAAUAUGGAGAAGGACGGACGUAGCAAGAGUGUUUGAGCUGAUGGGGGAUGGGACUUUUUAUGAGUGGAUGGAGACUGCGAUGGACCAACGAACUGCGAAUGAGGUGGAAGAAUGGUGCGUCUUAUUAUGGUAUCUCUGGAAGGAAAGUAACGCUCACCUGUUUAAUGGAGCAAAGCUACCCGAGGAGGAGAUACCGAUACAUGCUAAACUUCUACAAGAAGACUACAAGCAGAACCAGCUACGCAAGAAGGAGCAUAGCCCACAACCUGUUCGGCAAGGGUGGCGAAAACCAGCAGUUGGGGAGACUUCGGUAUGUACGGACGCGGGGAUCCUUGCAGAUGGCGAGGCCGGUCUAGGGGUGGUGAUUCGGGAUUCUGAAGGGAGGUUCAUAAUGGCCGCAGCAAAACGGAUCUUAGGAAGGUGGGAGGCCGAGGUAGCAGAGGCAAGGGCAGCAGAGUUUGGGGUGCAAUUGGCGGUACAGUUCAGGUUGCCUAAUGUUAAGCUUGAGACUGAUUGUCUGUCAAUUGUUCACAAGCUCCAGAAUCCGACAGUCUUUAUGGACAAGACAGGGGUAUUAUGCCGAAGCAUUUGCAGACUCUUAGAGGCCACGGGCGAUGGUAGAUGUUCGUAUACGAACAGGGAAGCAAAUCAAGUAGCCCAUGCUAUGGCACAUGUGGAUUUACGUUGGAAUGAGAGAUUUAUAUGGCUGGAUACGCCACCGAGUUUCAUUAUUAAUCAGCUGUAGCUGGAUAGUGUAAUCGCGAUGUCUGAUUAAUAAAAUCCGAUCAUAGGUUGACUGUCCAAAAAAAAAAAAAAGAUAAAUUGAACACAAUCAGAAAGAAUUAAACAUAUUCCACUAAUUGAAAAAAUUUAGAACAAAAAGAGAUGAAAAGUAACAAAAUAAUAAAUAAAAUAUAAAAACUACUACAUUCGGUAAAAAAUGUAGAAAAUAAAAUAUGACUAUAAAAGCUACAACAUUAUUUAUUUACAACAUUCAUGAAAUAAUUAAAUUAUUAGAACACAUAAUGAUAAUUGAUUCUAAGAAUAUUCCAAGAUGAUAAUUGAUAAGUAGAAGGACCAAUUAUGAAAUAAAGAAAAUGGAAUAUU